AUGACGGGAGGUAUCGUUUUUCUUGGCUGCUUGAACAACGAAACAAGGCCCAAUUUUGAAGAUCUUUGCCUCAAAUGCGCCGCAGUCGAGAUGGGUGCACACAAGAAGGAUCGAGUUAUUGAGAGUCUCCGCCAGGACCAUCGCUGGACUUUUGUCAAAGAGGUCAUGGAAGACUUUAGAGCCUUGAAUGGCCCGUUUCCUGUUCGCAUAUUGUUUGAACUCAAUCCAAGCAAUAUCGGCAGUCGACAAUUUGUUGUGAGAACGAAGCAGGAAUGUCUAUGUUCCGAGCAAGUGUCCCGCUUGGGUUGGGCUAGUGAACAGUUGGUUCCUGUUCAAAAGAACCACACCGAACUUACCAUGUAUCCUCAAAGAAGCGACGACGACGCCUAUUUUCAAUUGUUUAUGAAGACACUCUCCGAAAUGAUCGAGGAAGUUAUGCCUAAGUCCGCUCUGCUCUCUAAGGAGUUGAUUAAUAGCAAUCGCUCAAAAAGCGUACUCAGCCUAGACUUUUCCUCUGACGAUGAUGUCGUAUCCCUCUUGACGGCCCCCAGGCCAGACUUAAACGUGCCCAGCGGGGUGAAUAUUCCCUGUUUUGUCACCUGGCCAUACGACGAAAACCCGAAUUUCAUUGGAAGGGAAGAUGAAUUGGAACAGAUUCAUACGCGGCUCUGUCCAAUUGAUGACCAGGGCCCUCAACAAAGGGUAUUUGCACUGACUGGGCUGGGCGGCAUGGGAAAGACGCAAAUUUCGGUCAAAUAUGCAUUCAAAUACCGAAAAGUCUACCAAAUCGUGCUAUUGGCGCACGCAGACGGCCAAUCUAAACUUGCGGAGAGCUUCUCCCUAUUCGCUGAUAAACUUGGAUUAGAUGUACCCUGGCUGCUCAUUUUCGACAAUGCCGACACGGAUGACAAAAUCCAGCUUCUGGAUGAAUUUUGGCCCUGCACUUCACAGGGAUCCAUAUUGAUCACGAGCCGAGACCACACUCUAGUGAGAAGGUUCACGGGUAUGGAACUGGUCGAGAUGACCGAGCCCAACGCUGUGGAUUUGCUCCUUCGCCUCGUUCAGUUCGAUAAGGAUGUGCUCGAUGAUGCCGAUGCCGUCGAAGAAGAGAUUGCCGCCGAGAAGAUAGUGAAGCGGUUAGGAUUCCUACCCCUUGGAAUAAGUCAGGCUGCAACAUUGAUCAUCAAUGACUCGUGCUCUCUGGUGGCCUUUCUGGAGGACUACACACUGCGAGAGCUAGUUGAAGACUCUGGCGCUAUGCAAUUGGAGAGCCCCAGAAGCAGCUACAAGUACACUCUGAGGACAGUGUGGAACAUGAACUUCGAAAGUCUGACAAAGGAUGAGCAGAGUUUGAUGAAGCUCAUGUCAUUCCUGGACCCAGACCGGAUUCAGCUGCGGGUUUUCAAAGAAAGCCUCUUGAAGCUGCAAGCAUCCGACUUUGAUUUUAUCAGCUCACCACACAAGCUCAGCAAGUGCAGAGCUGGCCUCUUACGCAGCACACUUGUUUCUCAGAGCCGUAAUGGUCGAGAAUUACGAAUGCACCGACUGGUACAAGCAUAUUGUCAGCUGAGAAUGGACAUUGAAGAGUCCCGCAAGAACUUUCGGAGUGCCAUCAAUCUUAUCAAAGCUGUCUGGCCAGUGCCCGACAGGGAGAUGGUCCACAACCCUGCAUUUUGGGAGAGGCAACGUGAAUUACUGCCCCAUGUGCAAAAGCUAUGCGAGUUUUUCGUCAAGUCGUGCGAGAACGGCCAGCCACUGAUUCCACAUACAGAGGUCAACUGGGACUUCGCUUCCGUAUUAUAUGAAGCCGGGUGGUUUUGUUACGAAAGCGGGUUGCUGGAGUCGGUGUCAGAACUCCUCGUUCCUGCAAAAGAGUACUGCAUCAGACACCUUUCCAAAGGCGGAGGGUAUCGCAUUUUGGCCGACAUCUACGGUGGUCUGGGAUCUCUUGCAACGGAGUCGAAUCAGUUUCAGCGAGCAUAUGAUGACUUCAAUGAGGAAUGGAAGUGUUUGAAACUUGCUUUCGACGCUGCUGAAUUAACCCGGCCCAGCAUUUGGGAGGUUUUUGGCCUAGGCCGAGUAGGCAAUGGAUUGCAGGGUCUUCAUCGGUACACCGAAGCCGAGGAGUACUAUAGAAUGGCCUUAAAAGCAUGGGAAGGACUUCCUGGGGAUCGUAAGGUGUGGGUGAGCAACAUGUGUACAUGUUUGUGGUUGCAAGGCAAGCUGGACGAAGGGGAGACGACGAUAAAGGCAGUAAUCAAGGACGAAAAUGACGCCACCAACUUCCGUACCGGGUUGGCUAUGAAUUGCUUGGGCAAUAUACAGAUUUCCCAGGCCGAGCGCCUGAAGCAAGAGGGUAUGACUGAAGAAGGGGAGGCAAGGUUGGCCGAGGCGAUGGCGACACAUACAAAGGUUCUACGACUCUUCACAACUGCACUCGGGAAGAGGCACCACAAGACUGCCGAUGUCAUGUACAAGGUUGGCUGGCAUCUACAUCGACGACAAGAAUACCAAAAAGCUCUGGAUAUGCUCAACAAUGCUUUGGGAGUUUACGCGAGCCAACCUGAAAUCUUCAAGAAUGAAAUAGCCCGGACCAAGUACAAGCUGGGCUGCUUGCAGCAGGACAUGGGAGCACACAUCGAAGGGGGCGCACUUAUUAGAGAGGCAGAGCGUAUUCGGAAGGAGAUAGUUGCACCAGAAGACUGGGAGCCCGCCCAAGGAGAAAAAGCCUUCGAUGAUAUUGUUCAAUUCUGGACACGCUGA